AUGAAUAAUUCAUUUUUCAAUUGGGAAAGAAGGGACCACAUUGUGAUAUUCGAUGAAAUGGUCGACACGAUUCUCAAAAAUGCCACUCUAAAACAAAAGUGGUUCGAACUUGUCAGUUCGGUUUAUCAUUCGGAAAUUACAUCGGAAAAUGUGUUAAAAAGGAAUGAGGUGUUGCAGGAGGUUGAUGGUGAGUUUAGUUCAAAAGAUCCGGUUGUACUUAUUUCUGCAAAGGUGAAACCAGCCAAAUUGGUAGACUAUGUCGAAAAACCUUUCUUAACCAAGGUCUCCAAGAAACGAAUGGAAUUUAAACCUCUUGGACCAACACUUCAAAGAAUUGAAUUGAAAGGUAAUGUUUGCAAAAUAUGCAUUGGUAGAGGACAUAUGGCAAAAUGUUGUCCUUCUUGGAAUAAAACAGAAAAUUCUGAUCGGUUUAAUAUAUUCAUUCAGUCUUUAAAAGGAGAUAAGCGUACAGAAUUCGAAUUAAAACAUAAGAAAAUUGUUUGA